UUGCAGCGCGCAUGCGCACUGUGCUUGCACCUAUUCUUGGCUUCCUAGUUGUAAGAUGAGUGAAGAAGCAACUGGGGGAGAGAGAGAGACAGAAAGCAGAGAGAGAAGAGCUCUGGCAUUGAAAACAGCUCACUUUAUCAGUAGCAAGCCACAGAGAGGUCCCUGAAUCCUAUUUCAGGGCUGCCUACCUGCCAGGUGUGCAAAGAUGAUGACCAUGAACAGUAAGCAGCCUUUCAGCAUGCACCCAAUCCUCCAGGAGCCCAAAUACCCCAGCCUGCAUUCCAGCUCCGAGGCCAUGAGAAGAGUUUGUCUCCAAGCCCCUCAGCUCCAGGGCAAUAUAUUUGGAGGCUUUGAUGAGAAUCUGCUGGCCCGUGCUGAAGCUCUGGCGGCUGUGGAUAUUGUCUCACACGGUAAAAACCAUCCUUUCAAGCCAGACGCAACUUACCAUACCAUGAGCAGCAUCCCGUGCACUUCUACCUCCUCUGCGGUGUCCAUGUCCCAUCCCUCAACUCUCACAACUCACCACUCAAUGCACCAAUGCCUGGAAGGAGAUCUGUUGGAUCAUAUCUCGCCUACUUUGACUGUAAGUGGUAUGGGGGCAUCUGAUCACACGGUGAUGUCCACACAGCUCCAUCCACAUCACCUGGGAGCCAUGGGCCACCUGCAUCAAGCCAUGGGCAUGGGACACCCUCACUCAGUGUCUUCUCACAAUGGCAUGUCCUAUAUCAACGACAUGGAGUCGGAUCCAAGAGAGUUGGAAGCGUUUGCCGAGCGCUUCAAACAGAGAAGGAUAAAACUUGGAGUUACCCAAGCAGAUGUUGGAUCAGCUUUGGCCAACCUCAAGAUCCCAGGUGUUGGCUCUCUAAGCCAGAGCACCAUCUGCAGGUUUGAAUCGUUGACCUUGUCCCACAAUAAUAUGAUAGCCCUCAAACCAGUCCUUCAGGCUUGGCUGGAUGAAGCUGAGGCUGCCUACAGGGAAAAAAACGCCAAGCCUGAGCUCUUCAACGGCAGCGAGAGGAAACGAAAGCGCACGUCAAUCGCUGCGCCCGAGAAGCGCUCAUUGGAAGCCUACUUCUCCAUACAGCCCAGACCGUCGUCCGAGAAAAUCGCUGCCAUUGCAGAGAAACUGGACCUCAAAAAAAACGUGGUACGAGUCUGGUUUUGCAAUCAGAGACAAAAACAGAAAAGGAUGAAAUAUUCUGCAGUCCAUUAACUGUGUGGGAUUUUUUUUUCUUGACUUUUAAUAGAGAUUUAUUACAAAGAGCAGGGAUCUUUAUUCAAGACUUCUGAAGACUCGCAGUAAAUAUAGACAAACUUAAUAAGAAGCCAUUGACUCUCCUGAACUCCCCCACUUCUCUAUCAGAAAUAAUCACAAUGUACCUGAUUGAUUUUCAGGAGAGCAGAAAUUUGCUUAGGGAUAAGUAGCCAGCUAUAAUAAUAUUAAAAAAAAAAGCCGGCUGUUGGGGGCUUCUGGGAGUUGUAGUUCUGCAGCUGAGUGUGCUACAUCCAUGUGCUUGCUGUAUACAUCAUACUCAAACCUUUUACUUUAAUCCGUUUUUGUUGGCGUUUUUUUUUUUGAGGAUUAAAUGCAAUAACACGACUAUGAUUAUUAGAAUUAUUACUUGUGGUUGUCCCCUCAUUGAAAAAACCGGAAUUGUGUGGUCAGUGUUAUUUUGACAGCAAAGCCUUUAUGCAGUUUUAUCUGGGUGCUGGCGCCCUAACGCAUGUGGGUGAAACGCGUUGGGUCUUCCAUAACUUCCAAACACUCUAGUGGAGUUCACAAACACACACACACAACGCGUCAGGUUCUGUAACGUUCACUACCACAAUUUAAUGGAAUGAAAGAUAGGUUUUCCUCCCUUUUAAUUAGACUGUUUUUUUUUUGCUCUCUCUCUUUUUGUUUCUGUCUCUUGGUCUUCCCAGCAGCUAGAGAAAUAUCAAUAAUAAAUGAGAUCUGCAAACCAAUUUUCAGCAGAGGGUUUUUUUUUUUUUCUCUGCCUGCAAUUACUGUUUCGUUUAUUCCCACUCAGCUAGAGACAACGAAACGUGUCCUUAUUCGGUUUAUUUGCUGGAAGAUGUGCCUGGAUGUUUUUGGGCAUCUCACUGUGCUUCCCCUCUACACUGUGACUCUUGCUAACGAUUCACCAGUUUGGAUUUAAUAAUCAAUAUGCAACAGUUACCCCCCACUAAUUGUAUAAUGUUCCUAUUUCAUUUAAGCAUAGAUAUUGUAUUAUACACAGGAUAACAAUUCAGUGAUAGUCUCAUAUUUUUAGCCUUUAUCAUUUUUUUCUGCAUUGAAUCUCUUAUUUCACAGGACAAUGUGUGUAUUUCUCGCUUUCUGUGUGAUUCCUUUUUGUUCUUUGACUACAACCCGACGUAAAUGUGUUGCCCCCUACCCCUCAAACUAUUUCUGUGCAAUAAAUAAUUUAUUUUUGAA